CUGAAGGCACCUGUGACGGUUUGGUCAUGUGGGGGCUGGAUGUGAGCGGCGUGCCGGGGGCCGCAGGAGGAAGAUCGUCGUCUAGUCAUGGCGAGGACAGGCGUGUCAGACGAGGCUGUGGCUACAGCGUGCUCAGACGGACCCCCCAUCACCAAGGACUUCAUGGUGCAGCAGACCAUGCUGAGGGUGAAGGACCCGGCUCGCUCUCUGGACUUCUACACCAAAGUUCUGGGCCUGACGUUGCUGCAGAAGAUCGACUUUCCUUCCAUGCGCUUCACCCACUACUUCCUGGGCUACGAGAACAAAGCGGAGAUCCCAGAGGACGUCACGGAGAGGACGGCCUGGACCUUCUCCUGCCGGGGAACCUUAGAGCUCACACACAACUGGGGCUCAGAGUCGGAUGAGAAGAUGUCGUACCACCACGGGAACAAGGAGCCCCGAGGAUUCGGUCACAUCGGCAUCGCUGUUCCGGACCUCUCUGACGCCUGCAGGUUCUUUGAAGAGCAAGGAGUGAAGUUCGUGAAGAGACCCGAAUCAGGUGUGAUGAAGAACCUGGCUAUCAUCCGGGACCCGGACGGGUACUGGGUCCAGAUCUUCAGCCCAGACAACAUGCUCUCCUUCCUGUCUGCCUGAAGUGGAUCUCCUCAGCGUCCUCCACCAGAGACACUUUAGUUCAUCAUGUGCAGAACACCCUAAAGGUUCUGGUUCUUUGGGUUUUAUGUGUUUUUUCAAAAUAAAAGCAGCAGCAGCGUCUUUAGUUUCUGCUAAAGAUGCUGCUGCUAAAAGGGUCACCAC